UGGCCGUUUUGGCUUCUAAUCCUCUCCCUUUCUUCUUGUCUUUCUCCGAUUGUUUCCGCCGUGGGACGUUUCGCGUGCGUGUACGUCGUGUAUACGCGGUAAUAUAUUACAAGUUGCUUGAAAAUUUCCCGUGUGCGAAGUAGAAAAAACCUCGAUGUGCGAACAGUGCAACGAGGCGAUCGUACGAAGGAUUGGCGCCUUCGCCAAACGGAUCGUUGUGCGAUCCAACCGAGUGAAAAUUUGAGUUGUGAGCGAACACUGAAAGACUUUGAAAAGUAUACGAAUUGGAAUAUUACAUCACGAGAUUGAUCGGGCAACAAUGUUGGAGAUCGGAACCGUGUCAAGGCGGCAGGCGCUGCGUAAUCAGAGGUGAAUUGUCAAACGUAUUGCUGCGACAUACGAUGCACCUGCAAUUAAUCUCAUCUCCCAUUUCUCUUAACGCGCUGGCCGAGGAAUUCUGCGCGUAGAAGAAGUUUAACGACAGCGGCGAGUGCCACGCACAGAGUGAUCAAAUAAAAUUUCCAAGAUUCUGCAAUUCUGUAAUUUACGAGAGAGGAUAAAUACGCAUCUGUUUGCUUGGAAUUCGAUCUUUUCAGAGAGCAACGAAUUAGUAUUAGUUGCACCAAAGUGACUUUGGUAGCUUGAGUAGAGACAUAUCUGCCCGGUAUCGAGGCAUGUCGAGCGACGGCAAAGAAAGUAGAAGGUGGUCAAUCCUUUGAAAUCACAACCCCUUGAGUGGUUGAAUCACUUUGAAUUACUCCCAGCGGAACCGAGAUGGAUCGGAGUUUUAAGAACAACGCGGACUUCAAGAUGAAUCAACAGAACUUCAAGCUGAGCGACUUCGGGAUCGACGUGAAAUCUGGCCACGAUUCGAAGACCGCCGGUCAGUGCAAGGUUCGACGAAGUGCUCAGGUCAGCCAGCGGAACUCGCACGUGCAGCAGCAGGUUGCGAUGAGCUCGGGAAGACUCGCCGCGAGUGGCACGAAUCUGCUGCAGAUCGCGUGCAAUCGUUCACGGGCCGGUCCACUGUGCAACACGCUGAUGACGUCCAAUAGCAUCCAGCACAGUUCGAAUCAACCUGGACAGAUGCAGAAUGCGCCGGUGACGGACCGAUUCCAAGCAUCCAGUCCCGGCAACCUGUCCGUAACCAGUUCGAUCGUGCAACUCAGCUCGUCGCCCAAUUAUUGGAAACAGUACGGGGGGCAGGAGAGCGGGGUAAAUAUAUCGGAGACGAGGAAUUGCGAACGGGGCGUAAUACGAAUACGAGUUCUCGAUUGCCGUUAA